AUGGAUACGCUGCUAAACUGGAGAAUUGUCACUUAUGAUGGCUGUAUGAUGUGUGAUUCUGGUUUUGAGUCUGUGGAGCAUCUGUUAUUUGAACGUGGGUUAUCUUCUGAAGUCUGGCAGAAAGUGUUGAACUUCUUGCACUUCCCUAGAUCUGCUGCUGGGUUCACUGCAGAAGUCCAGUGGAUGAUCAAGAGUAGCAAGAGAGGUAAAAGUAUACAUAAGUUGUUGUUGAUGUUCUUUGCAGAAAGUGUUUACUCUCUAUGGCUGAACAGAAAUAGUAAGGUCUUUAAUCAACAUUGUAAAACUGCUACUGAACUGUUCAGAGAAAUUCAGUUCAGAGUAGCAAGCAGAGCAUCCAAUGAGCUUAGUUCUAUUAUGCUUGACUUAAGUAGAUAG